CAAUAAUCUGCAGCAAAAAAAAAUCAAGUAUUUCUGAAAUUUUCGAGAGAAAAAAAAAAUUAUAAUCUGUUGUGGUUUGGACCCCUUUGGCUUUCUAUAUGGCAGAUUUUGGAGGGCGGCUGUUCCGCACCCGCACAGGCCACUUCAUCCCCAUUGUUGUGAUCUGCUUCGGUAUAAAUGCGGACUGAACCCUGUUUAUAAAGACAAACCUGGACAUUACUUUAAAAAAAAAACCCGACACGAUACGAUAAGAUAAUUGGAAAUCAUUUUUUGGUUGAUUUGCAGCUGCGCUCACAACUCCCGCAUCAAUCACACCAUCUGUCCAAAAUUUGGAGAUCUCGGUGCGUAAAAAGCGCGUUUAUUUCUCAAGGACACAAGAAUGGAAUCAGGGCGUCGGAGGUCCUGAAUUCUUCAGUCCUACAUGCGAUCUUUAGUUGUGGAUCAUGGACGUGAUCUAAAGUGUGUGUGUGUGUGUGUGUGUGUGUGUGUGUGUGUGUGUGUGUGUGUGUGUGUGUGUGUGUGUGUGUGUGUGUGUGUUAUGAGUGAACAGUCAGCAGUGUGAUGAUAGGAGACGCGAUGACGCUGCUGUCUCUUCUGGGUCGCAUCAUGCGUUAUUUCUUGCUCCGGCCGGAGACUUUGUUCCUCCUGUGCAUCAGCCUGGCUUUAUGGAGCUACUUCUUCCACACGGACGAGGUGAAGACCAUUGUCAGGUCCAGUCGGGACGCCGUCAAGAUGGUCAAGGGCAAAGUAGCCGAGAUGAUGAUGAUGCAGGACAUGAACGGCGGAGGCCUGCAGGUGAUGGAAGGGGAGUUCUCCAAGACUUGGGGCUUCAAUAGCCACAACGUGGCUGUGUAUUCCAUCCAGGGCCGUAGAGACCACAUGGAGGACCGUUUCGAGGUGCUCACAGACCUCACCAACAGGAGCCACCCGUCCAUAUUUGCCAUUUUUGACGGCCACGGUGGUGAGGCGGCUGCUGACUACGUGAAGGCUCACCUGCCCGAAGCCCUGAGGCAUCACCUGCAGGUUUACGAGCGCGAGAAGAAGGACAGCCAACUCUCGUAUGCCUCCAUUCUGGAGCAGCGCAUCCUCGCCAUAGACCGAGACAUGGUGGAGAAGUUCUCUGCCUCACACGAGGAAGCAGGCACUACGUGUUUGGUGGCUUUGCUCUCUGAUCGAGAGGUGACAGUGGCGAAUGUGGGAGAUUCGCGUGGCGUGUUGUGCGAUAAGGACGGUAACGCUGUGGCGCUAUCUCACGACCACAAGCCCUAUCAGCUGAAAGAGCGCAAGAGGAUCAAACGCGCAGGGGGCUUCAUCAGUUUCAACGGCUCGUGGCGAGUGCAGGGCAUCCUGGCCAUGUCACGUUCUCUGGGCGACUACCCACUGAAGAACCUCAACGUAGUGGUGCCCGACCCUGAUGUCCUGACCUUUGACCUUGACAAACUACAGCCCGAGUUCAUGAUUCUGGCCUCGGACGGACUGUGGGACGCAUUUAGCAACGAAGAGGCGGUGCGCUUCGUCCGCGAACGCCUCGACGAGCCGCACUUCGGAGCCAAGAGCAUUGUGUUACAGUCAUUCUACCGCGGCUGCCCCGAUAACAUCACCGUCAUGGUGGUAAAGUUCAAAAGCACCAAGAACGGAGACUAGUGCUUCAUUUUUCUCUCUAGGACUUUUCUACGUACAUAAACACCAACACACGCUUCCUAAGAAUAUCGUGUUUUUUUUUCCGACGUGCCAAACGGACGCCCUUUUAAAACUUUUCCGUAAUCUAACCUGACUGACGCUGACCUGAGGGAGAAGUGGCAACAAAUUGGCAACUGAACAUGCAUUUAUUUUUUUAUUUAAUAUUAAAAAAAAAAAUUCAAAUUUUUUGCCUGAACAUAUCAUAUGGGUCUUGAAUUAAUGACAUGGAUGCUGCUUGUGAUCUGCUAUAAACCCCAUUGCGGGGGUUAAAACUUUAAACUUGGUGAUUCAAAUAAAAGGAAAAAAAAAGAAAAUCA